UUAGCAAGAACCAGACUACAGAGGGUCAGAAGGAAGGUGCUUUUUAAGAAAAAUUGACUAAAUCCCGUGUUUACCAGUUAUUAUUGUGCGUAUGAUGUCCAUAGCCGGGAAGAAUACCAACUACACGUCCAACCAUUACACAGUUAUAAAUGCAAGGCAUUACCAAACAACGUCAAUUAAUGCUGUUGGCAAUGAUUUAAGCAACUCAAACCAACAAAAUGAAGCUCAUAGAUCUAAACAUCGACUGCCUUUUGCGAAUUUUUAAAUAUUUGUCUGAACGCGAACUAAUUAUCUUGUGUGAGGCGAACAACUAUCUCAAAGCAGUCAUCGAUCAGAACAUAUUCUAUACCCUGACAAAGGAUUUGCUACUAUGUGGACAUAGAAAUAAACCUUGUGUGGAGCUAAGGAAUCCAACACAACUAAGUUAUCUGCGGCGUUUACAAAUAGCUAGAAAUUGGCUUAAAGGUGUCUAUGUGGAACGACAUUAUUACCACCAUGCGCAGAUGUUCGCCUCGAAGCUUUGGUUGGACUCGGACGCAUUGUAUAUAACACACGCGAAUUAUUUGCGCAAAUAUCGUCGGGCUGGUCCCGAAGCACUGCUGCGGCGCUACGAGGAGGAGAUCAGCACACACACCUUAUCGGAUAUAUCGGACUUUGUAAAGAAGCAGGACACCAUCUUUGCCGGACGAGUGUGUGGCACCUGCUUCGUGAAGGAUGCCGAUGAUAUUACUGAGGAGCCAAUGCAUCAUGCCAAAGAGUAUUUGUAUUGUGUGGACUUUGUGGACGAUGUUUACGCGACCAGCACAGACAACUGCUGUAAGCUGUGGAAACGUUCCAAAGAGUUUGGAUUAUCGCAUUUUGAUCUGUUUAUGCGGCUGGAGCAUUCGUUUAAGUCUAUGAAGCUAAGCAACGAUGGACAGUGGCUCUAUGGAGGCUUAUACACGGAUACAGGCCGCAGGGCAUUGCGCGCCAUUCACGUGGAGAGCGGCGAAGAGCUUGUGUUCAACUCAAAUACCAUUUCCAUUUACGAUCUAAAGCUAAAGGACGAUCAAGUGAUAUUUACUGCCAACUUUGAUACCACAUUUCGCAUGUUUGAUCGUCGCACGGAUCGUGAUGUUUCCAUAUGGGAGGAUCCCUUUGACUCAUCUAUCUACUGUCUCGAAUAUGACGGACUCUAUGCCGUGCUGUGCGGCGCAAAGCAUCACAGUCGUGUUAAUCUUUACGAUAUACGGGUGCCUGGCAAAUAUAUACAGCUGUACUUUCCGGGCCGCAACACUGGACGGCAACAGUACAGAACUUCGCCGGUCUAUAGCCUGGCCUGUGAUAGCCAAUACUUGUUCGUGGCCACGGAUCACAAUUUGCGCGUCUUCGACUUUGGCACGAACUAUGCAGUCCAACGGGAUUACAGUGAUUUUCUUGAUAGCAUAAGAUAAUGAAACACAUUGUUAUUAAAAUU